AUGUGCCAUGACAGAGGCCGUGAUUUGCGUGCAGAAUCAGGAGCUUCGCCGUCGUCGAUCGAGAUGACCGGGAGCACUCCGCCGCGGAAGAGCAGGAGCGCUGUCCUCGUCGUCGCCGCCGGCGGCGAGGGUGGCGUCGAGGACGCGUGGCGGAGUGCCGGAGAGGCGGCGAAGAAGACGACCGCUGCCGCCUGCGGUGCCAUGCACGCGAGGGUGUGGGGCGUCAGCCCCCGGAGCCACUUCAGCUCGUUCGUGCUGCUCCUGCUCCUGCUGUUCGUCGUCCUCGCCGUCUCCGUCAACACCAAGAACGCUGCCGCCGGCGAGGCGCGUCACCGCGCGCCGCCCCUGCCACCGCCGGCGACAGACGACCCCCCGUCCGGCGAGACCGGCGGCGGCGGCGACGAGGAGUGCGACCUCUUCUCCGGCAGGUGGGUGUACGACGAGGCGGCGUACCCGCUGUACAGGGAGAGCGCGUGCAGGUUCAUGUCGGAGCAGUGGGCGUGCGAGAAGUACGGCAGGGCGGACCUCCGGUACCAGCAUUGGAGGUGGCAACCCCAUGGCUGCGACCUUCCUCGGUUUGACGCGGUGAAGCUGUUGGAGAAGCUGCGAGACAAGCGGCUGGUGUUCGUCGGCGACUCGCUGAACCGGAACCAGUGGGCGUCCAUGGUCUGCCUCAUCGACACCGGCGCGCCGGAGCUCCACACCACCCUCAACUCCUCUCGAUCACUCGUCACCUUCAAGAUCCACGAGUACAACGCGUCGGUGGACUUCUACUGGUCGCCGUUGCUGGUGGAGUCCAACUCCGACCACCCGCUGCGCCACCGCAUCGCCGACCGAAUCGUCCGCGCCGCCUCCAUCAACAAGCACGCCAUGCACUGGACCGACGCCGACGUCCUCGUCUUCAACUCCUACCUCUGGUGGCAGCGCCCCGCCAUGAAAGUCCUGUGGGGGUCGUUCGACAACCCGCCGCCGGCGGCGGCGGCUGCGGAGGGGGACAGGUACGCGGUGUACAAGGUGAUCGACAGCCUGCGCGCGUACGAGCUGGCGGUGAGGACGUGGGCCGACUGGAUGGAGUUCCACGUCGACCGCGCCCGCACCCAGCUCUUCUUCAUGACCAUGUCGCCGACGCACCUCCGCUCCGACGAGUGGGAGGCCGGCAGCGACCACCAGUGCUACGGCGAGACGGAGCCGAUCGCGGCGGCGGCGGAGGGGCACCACCGCGGCGGGGGGAGCGGGACGGACAUGGCUUUCGCGCGCGCGGUGGAGGCGCAGGUGCGCCGUCUCGCCGAGCGCGGCGUGGCGGUGCGGCUGCUCAACGUGACGCAGCUGUCGGAUCCCCGCAAGGACGCGCACCCGUCGGUGCACCGCCGGUACUGGGACCCCAUCACCGACGAGCAGCGACGCAACCCCAGCAGCUACGCCGACUGCAUCCACUGGUGCCUCCCCGGCGUCCCCGACGUCUGGAACCAGCUCCUCUACGCACACCUCGUCUCAUGACCCCUUCUCACCCUCUCCUUUUUGCUUUUUGAUUUUUUUCUUUGUCCUCUUUUAAAUUUAGCCUAUAUAUAAAAACAAGUGUAAAUCCUGCUAUACAGUGUCAUU